UAGUGUUUACCUCUCACUGCCAUGCUUCCAGCCACUCACUGAAUAUACUAGUGUGGAUAUUCUGGCAGUGGUUUAUUUACUUCCCUAACAGGACAGGCAGGUUUGAACAGAGUGCUGGAUGUUGUCAAAGAAAGACUGAAAACAAAGCUGAGAAGUCGGUUUGUGAACCAGAGACUCAGUUUAGCUGCUGGCAUGAUUUCACUUUCAUUUUGGAAAUUUGAACAUGUGGAGGAGAAAUUUGACCACCAUGGGAAACAGAAGAGUAAGACGAUAUACAGCAGAUACUUCAGGAACAGUUUAGGUCUAUUACAGUAGAAGUACAGGACCCACAGGAGGAAUUAAAAGCAAAAAAAGCCACUAUAAUACUCUCAUUACUGAGAUUAGAAUCUUAUUUUUCCAAUACCUCAAUGUCCUUGUACAUUUUUGACUCAUUCUUCAUUAGCAUGGAUGAUACCAACAUCCACACAUUCUUAGAGAGAUGUUCUGCUGUUCUUCUGAGACGUUUUUAGCGUUCAAGCACCAACAGUGCAAGGAAACUCUUGGAAUGCAUGGGUUUUUUAUUGUUUUUAAUUCUUCAUCUGCUUUUCAAAUCGGACUUUUGAAGGUCUAAAAAUGUCUCCAUAGCACUACCUGGAAAAUUUCAAACAGGAACUACGGCCAGUGAGUGUCACCUACAGCUAUGAACUUUGGUAGGCACAUGUAGCAUGUCAAGACGCACAAAAAAAUCUAUGGCAACCAUGCCGAAAACACAACAGGAAGUCGGCCAAGUUGAAUUCUGUGUCAUAUUUUGGACGAUUUUGGACCAAUUUUUGCACAUUUUCAUAAUCUAUAAACUCAAACCGGGUAAUCCUAACAUAUCUCAAAUUUGGCUAGGAUGUACACCAGACAUGAGUGAUCAAAAGUUAUCAAAAUGCUCUGGAAAAGUCAGAGGGUGUGGAAAUGUCGGCUCCUGGAAUUUUGACGUUUCGCCGUGAAACAGGAAGUGCUGUCGAACUCUCCUGAACAUGCUCCAAUCUGCCUCAAACUUCACAUGUGUGAUCAGAGUCUGGCCCUGAUGACAUCCAUAGGUUGAAAUACACUCAGUCGCAUCACCAUCUGCUGGACAUGCUUGAUGUCGCUGACCAGCAAGGAUCCGAGCCGAGUGCAGCAUCAGUCAGAGAGUGGGAUCAGACGUCAGCGUGAUGCCGAGGAGCCCGACUACGAGUCUGCAGCCGUUUCCAAAAACCUGGGUGUCCUACUUAGAGAGCAGGAAAGCAUCCGCCGUUUAAAGAAGUGUGACUCUGGGGGUCACCACAGAGCGACAGAUGUUCUCCUCAGGGCUCUGGUAGAGGCAGAAAUCGAUGGCGUUGCUGUAGCCAAUCAGCUGACAGCCCUGAGGGAAACUAUGGACAGCCUCUCCAAGGACAAACGUCUGUCUAAACUCCACGCCGCCUCUCUGGGACGUCAGCGGGAGUUGCUGCUGGAGAAGAUCGAGAUGUUCGACAGCACCAACCACAGCCUUCGAGAGCUGCUCAGAGAGUGGAGCGAACAGGAGAGAGAACGGCUGGUGUGGCUGGAGCAGAAAGACGCCUUAAAGAAGAGGCUGGCAGACUGUGAAGCAGAGAACGUCAGACUUUUGGCCAAACUCACCAACAAGGAGAAAGAGGCCUUAAAGCUCACCGAGCAUUUGGACUUUGAAAAGGACAACGCCAGGACGACGGAGGAGCUUUCGAGGAUCCUGCAGUCCACCAGAAACCAUCUGGAGUCUCAGCUGGAGCGAGCCGAGGCUGAAAAGGCCCUUCUGGCCGCUCAGAUUCAGAAGAUGCAGCAGAACCACGAGCAGCAGCAGGAGGAGCUCCAGGUUCUGCAGGAGGAGCUCCAGGUUCUACAGGAGGAGCUCCAGGUUCUGAGGCAGCAGCAGCAGGAGGACGAGGAGCAGAAACAGGACCAGGAAACUCUGGUUCUUCUUAGCCAGCAGGCCGAGAGAGCCGAGGAGUCCAACAGGAAGCUCUCAGAGAAGCUGCAGGAGAAGGAGUCGCAGCUGUCUCAGGCUCUGUCCACAUCCAGCGACUGGUGUCUCCGUCACUCCAAAGAAGCAGCUGCUAGAGGACAGCUGGAGGAAGAAAUCUCUGCUCUCAGGCUACAGGUGACUGAGCUGAACUCUCAGCUUCAUUCAGCGGAGGAGAAGAGUCGGCUGGAGAGGGAGGAGCUCAGGGAUCAGCUUCAUCAUUUCAGUGCUGAAAACGCCUCCACCAAGCUGGACAACCAGAAACUGAAGGGCAAUGUGACGUCCUGCGAGGAGAAACUCAGGGGACUCCACUCUGAAGCUCGACAGCUGAAAUCAUCCAUCAAAAAGUAUGAAAACCUGGUGGAGAAAUACAAGAAGAAGGUCCAGCAGGCUCGUACUGAAUCCGAGGAGUCCUGCCUGAAGCUGGAAGUGGCCCAGAAGGAGGCCCGGGAGCUGAAGGGGAGCCUGGAGAGGGAGAAGGAGCAGCUGAGGAGGGAGCUGCUGGGUCGGAUCAGAGAGCUGGAGGCGCUGCCAGACCGACUGAGGAGAAGCGAGCAGCAGCUGAGAGACGCCCAGCAGGAGGCGGACGGACACCAGAGGAGGAACCUGGAGAGCAGCGCUGCUCUGUCUGAAGUCAGGCACAAGGUGGAACAACAGGGAGCUCAGCUGGAGACGUUCCAGCAGAGGAACCUGCUGCUGCUGGAGGAAAACAAUGUCCUCAAGGAGAAAAUCCACAACUUAGAGAGGAGGCUGGAGGACCUGAAGGCAGAAAACAAAGAGAUGGUUCAGACUCUGAGUCUGAAGGAAGCCGACGUUCGAAACGUUCAGCAGCAGCUGGAGGAAAAGACUCGAGAGUGCAGCGUGGUGUCCAGACAGCUGCACCAGGCGCUGGACGACGCUCAGAGACAGGUGGACAGCAGCAUGCAGAGGGUUCUGGUCAAGGAGAAGGCGUCCCAGUCGAAGGCGCUGGACCUGCAGAGUCAGCUGAGCCGAGCCAGAACAGAACUGAGUCAAGUGCAGCGAAGCAAAGAGGAGAUGGAGCGUCGUUUCCAGAAUCAGCUGCAGAACAUGAAGGAACGUCUGGAACAAUCCGACUCCACCAACCGCAGCCUGCAGAACUACGUCCACUUCCUGAAAACCUCCUACGGAAACGUGUUCGGAGAGUCUUUACUGGCUAGCUGAUGGCGAAACUCUCCAACCUUUCAUUCUCCGAUCGAUUAUCCGCCCCCAGAUUACUUUUACUCAACGAUUCAAGGUUCUUUAUUGUCAUGUCGGCACAAAAUUAACAAGUCAAUAAAAUAAAUACAUAAAAAUAAGGGCAGUUACAAGCAAUAUAAACAAAAUACACAAGUGUUUACUAGUGGUAAACAGAUAAAUAAGUGUGCUAUGAGGUGUUAAACAUCUGCUUUUAUCCUGAGAGUUUUGAUGUCCAUGGGAUUAAUAAAACUUUAAAAAACUAAUUAAAUAUUUACAUUUUGAUCACCGGAACUUUAUUUAUAUUCUUCAGUUCUCAAUGCUGAUAGUUUUUGUUACUCAAAGUCUUCCAUCAUUCAUCACUCAGAAUGGACCUUUUGCACUGCUGAAGUAAAGCCAAUGAGUCUGUGUUCUCAUAUUUGACUGAAAUCUGUGUAUUUCUCUUUUAUUUUUGACCAUUUGAUGAACAAAAAUGUCUCUUGUGGUUGUUUAAAUAAAGUCAUUUGUAACAAAACUGGUUAGAA